CGAUCCUUCGGCUAAGGAAUAUGGAGGAAUAUGCCCGGGAGCCCUGCCCCUGGCGGAUUGUGGAUGACUGCGGUGGCGCCUUCACCAUGGGGAUAAUUGGCGGGGGUGUCUUCCAGGCCGUCAAAGGCUUCCGCAAUGCUCCAGUGGGUGUCAGACAUCGGUUCAAAGGCAGCAUGAAUGCGAUCAGAGUCAGAGCGCCACAGAUUGGAGGCAGCUUUGCAGUAUGGGGUGGGCUUUUCUCCACCAUUGACUGCGGCCUGGUGAAGAUGCGGGGCAAGGAGGAUCCAUGGAACUCCAUCACCAGCGGGGCACUCACAGGGGCCGUCUUAGCGUCACGCAGUGGGCCAUUGGCCAUGGUAGGAUCAGCUAUGAUGGGAGGCAUCUUGCUUGCCCUGAUAGAAGGUGUUGGGAUUUUGCUGACCAGGUACACAGCCCAGCAGUUUCAGAAUCCCAACCCCUUCGGAGAAGAUCCCAGUCAGCUGCCUCUCAAGGAUGGCUCACCACCUCCAGGAUACCCAGGCUAUGGACACUAUCAGUGAAGCCUUUUGUGGACAGGGAUUCUUCUAUUUUUUAUUUUUUUGCAGGGAAAGGGCAGGAAUUUCCUUCUGAAGCUACUCAAGACCAUCACCCAACAGCCCAAACAAAACAGCAUGCAAGGGAUUUGAUUCCCUGAGUUUUCCUACAGGGAUGGGUAGGAUUAGGGGAUAUUUGAGCAUAUCUACCUCUCUGUGUGGGGCUUAGUGUCAUGGAGAACGAUGUGCCCCUGGAUUAGUUCCACAUGCGCUGAGGAAGCCAGAGCCCACACAGGGUGAACAACUCUGGAUCUUUGGAUGACAUUUUUUCAUCUUGUAGGUUCUGGGGGUGUGGUGGUGAUGAAUGGACUGUGAUGAAAGACUUCAGAAGCUAUUUUCCUGGCUUUCAGGUUCGGGAAUGGAAUGAUUCUUCCUGCUUUCUCUGUAUGUUGGAGAGUCUCACCUUAGCAUGCCAAAAUCUGGAGGCAAAGCAGCUUGCACUUUCCUUUCCCAGGUUUUGCAGGUGAGGUAAGGGGGCCUGAUCGUAGCAAGCAGAAGCCAAUGCCAGUGUAGCAAGAAGCACAGAACCAUGUCCCGGAGAAGGGGAUCUCUGUGGAUCUCUGUCUCUUUUUCCCCCUAGGCCAGACCUCCACGAUUCCUCAACUACCAAGCCAAGUGCAGCCCUGCAGUAAUUAACACGGCUGGUGGGCUGCAUUUGGGUUGGAGGGUCGUGGGUUGUGCAGGCCUGCCCUGGAGCUAAGGUUUAUACCGAUACUGUGGCACACAAACCUCCAGCACCUUUAAACUUUCUAACCGAGAGAGAGAAUUAAAGAGCCUCUUGUCUGGUUGCAGUUUCCACCCGGCAUCCUGAAACAGCCCUCCCAACUGUGGACGCGGAAUGAUCUGAAGCUCAUCCAGUUGACGUGACCUUCCACAGCCAAGCUGAACUGCCUCGGUUUCUCAAAGGAAAACUCUGGUUGCAGUUUUACAUGCUUAGGCUGUUGGGUCCCAGUGGGCGCCAUGCACCCCCAUUGUUAGUACAAAGGCCUAUUACCAUGGGAUUAUUUUAUUUUUUAAAAAAAGUCCUACUUGUCUCUUAAAGUGCAUUUGCUGUGAUGCUCAUUAGAAUGGGGUGUUGACCUGCUUUAUGUCGAGCCGGACCAGAUACAGUUUACUUUCCGGACUGCAAAUCCUCUGAGCUUAGGAUUACUUUGUAUUUCAAGAUCUUUUUAAAGAAAGAAUGUAUGUAUUGUGUGUUAACAGGUGUAAAUACAAACUGGCUAUUUGGCUUCUGUC